GGCCUGCCUCUUUCUUCGUUUGGUCGGUAGAGUGAGUAAAAUGGGAAGCUCUGCGCCCGGCGUCGCCGGCGAUCGAACGGCCAGCAUAAAUGGCGGUGGCGCCACUGUCAUUGACAAGGGCGUCGACUUCGCCAACUAUUUCUGCACUUACGCUUUUCUCUAUCACCAGAAGGAGAUGCUCUCCGAUCGAGUUCGCAUGGACGCUUACUACAACGCCAUUUUCGAGAACAAACACCACUUCCGCGGAAAGGCUGUGUUGGAUGUAGGAACUGGGAGUGGCAUUCUUGCAAUCUGGUCAGCACAAGCAGGUGCAAGGAAGGUCUAUGCAGUGGAAGCAACUAAGAUGUCAGAACAUGCUCGUGAACUGGUUAAGGCAAAUAAUCUUCAAGAUAUUGUUGAAGUGAUUGAAGGCUCUGUGGAGGAUGUUACACUGCCAGAGAAAGUUGAUGUCAUUAUAUCAGAAUGGAUGGGAUAUUUUCUUCUGCGUGAAUCUAUGUUUGAUUCAGUGAUUUCUGCACGUGAUCGCUGGUUGAAGCCAACUGGAGUUAUGUAUCCUAGUCAUGCUCGCAUGUGGAUGGCACCUAUCAGGUCUGGAUUGGUAGAUCAAAAAAAGAAUGAUUAUGAAGGAUCUAUGAAUGAGUGGCUUUGCUUUGUGAACGAGACUAAAAAUGAUUAUGGUGUUGAUAUGAGCGUUCUAACAAAGCCUUUCUCUGAAGAGCAGAGGAAAUAUUAUCUACAGACAUCAUUGUGGAACAACCUUCAUCCACAUCAAGUUGUAGGAACUGCUGCCAUCAUAAAGGAGAUUGAUUGUUUAACGGCUACUGUGGAUGACAUCUGUGAAGUUAGAUCAAACUUUUCAUCAUCAAUUUUGAUAGAGAACACUAGGCUCUGUGGGUUUGGUGGAUGGUUUGAUGUUCAUUUUCGAGGAAGGAGUGAUAAUCCAGCUCAACAGGAGAUUGAGUUGACAACUGCUCCCAGUCUAGAUUCUAGCACCCAUUGGGGACAGCAGGUUUUCCUCUUGCAUCCUCCUUUUCGCACCAGUGAAGGGGAUGAUGUGAAUGUUUCUUUCUUAAUGAAUCGCUCUAAAGAAAACCAUCGACUGAUGGAGGUUGAUCUCGGUUGCGAGAUAAAGCAGUCUUCGGGAAAACUUCUUCCACUUUUCAAAAACAAGUUCUAUAUAGAAUGAAGGAAAUAGAACAAUUUGGAUAACAUUAAACCAGUGUCUUCAUCCGAGGGACAUGUGGUUGCAAGUUCCAAUGCUGAUUGUAUUAACAGAUAUGAUCAGUUACACAAAUCAUAUCUUCUUGUUUCCUUUGGAGAUUUUGAGCUUUUCUGUCACUUUGAAUGUUCAAGUUACGCAAAAGGAAAAUUUUGUUGCAAUAGUAUACUGAAAUGCGAAGGAAAAAAAAAGGAGGGGGAGCGGGUAUGACAAUGGGGGAGAGGAGAAAGAAAAGAAUUGUUUGCUUACAUAUGCAUGAAGGUGUUAUAACUGUUAUUUAACAUACAAUUUUUUAUUAUUAUUUCAUCCUUGAUUCGUAACUUCAA